AUGGCUUCUUUCCUUUGUGGUGGAGGUGGUUCGGGAAACAGAAACGCCCAACAUGGACACUUCAGAAACUUAGGGAUUACAACUCAAAAACUUCAAAAAAAGACAAAAAAUACAAAGUUAACACGGGAAAACGCUGAGUUAGCAAAAAACUUUGAGCAUUCUCUCGAAGGUAUACUGAAGGAGGAUAGAGCUACGGAAGACAGUAACCCGCCAGUUUUUGAUUUUGAGUUGGCUAAAAAAGGCGAAGUUGAACGUUUGAAAGGCGAAGGUGACAGGUGGAAAAAAGAAUUCGAUGAUUUGGAAAAAAUAUACAAAAAGGAUAGAAAUCGUUGUGAAAAACUAGACAAGGAUUUCAAGGAGCAGAAAGAAACCAAUAAUCAAUUGAUCAAAGAAAAUGAAAGUCUCAGAAAAGAAAAAAAAGGAUAUGAAAACCGCAUCAACGAAUUGGAUUUACAAGUUAAAGAGAAGGAUGACAUUAUUACUGAAAGAGAAAAGAAAAUUAAAUGGCUAGAAGAAACUUGUAAGAAUUCAGAAGGCGAAUUGACUGGACACAAAGCAAACAUUGCCAAUUUGACUCAAGAAAUUACAAGUUUACGUGAUGACUUCGGAAUACAGAAAAGACAAAUGGAAUCACUGGAAGAGGAGUGCAAGAAAAAAGAAGACGAUAUUGCCGACUUACAGCGAGCAAAAAAGGAGCUAAUAGCGGAAAAAGAGGGAUUAAUUAAAGAAAUAGAAACCUUCAUAUCAAAGGAAAAGCAACUGGAACAGGAAAAGGGAGAACUUCAAAAUCAUGUACAAGAGGUGAUAGAAAAAAUCAAUAGACAGGCAAGAAUAAUUCAAGAUUGUGCAAAAGCUAAUGAAAUCCUUAGUGUGGACAAUGCCAAUCUAAAGCAUCACAUCACCAAUUUAAGUAGAAGUAUUGAUGAACAGAGGAAAACCAUUGAUAAACUGCAGAAAAAUUUAUCAGAGGAGAAAAAAGCAAAAGAAAAUGCCUUGAAUAGACUAAGUGCUGCAGCAGCCAAUAGACUUAGAGACCAGAAUCCCGGAAUAACAGACCUUAGUGAUCCAAACCGUCCCCUGAAAUUGGCUGAGAAGGUGUCAGAGCUGUACGACAACGAAUGGACAAACGCCAUGGAAAAUCUAGAGUCUAAAAUGAACAUUCGGGAGGAAAAAGGGAUUACAAUUUUAUUAAAAAUAAUCAGAAAUGUUUUUGACGCAUGCGCUGACUUUGGAGACAGUCACCUUCAGUCAUUCCCGGAUAUGCUCAUUUUACCUGCACCAUUUAUACACAGUGAGGAAGAAAGAAUGGUCGAUGUCAAGGAAAUACCUUCUGAAAUGCUUAAACCAAUGAAAGAUUUUCGAAAAUCGCACGCAAAACAUGCAAUAAACUAUUUGCAAAAGUUCUUUUUUACUGAGGAAGGAAAGUCAAAACUGAAGAUAAAGAAAAAAGUAUUUAAAACCUGUGAAGAAUACAUUAAUAAGUGCAUAGAACUAUGCUGGAUGAUGCGAAUUCAAGAUCCACCAAUUUACAUGGAAACAGAAUACCCGACUAAUUCAGAUUUUGACUCAAACAAAAUGCGAUCGUACACAAAGGCAGGGAAAUUCAUACAUUUUGUUGUAUGGCCUACCUUCUUCCUGCACAAGGAUGGUCCGCUGUUGGCAAAAGGGGUAGUUCAAGGGAGCAAAAUAGAAAUAAAAGCUGGAAAAGAAACCAAUGGCGACAAAGAGGACGGUUCGUCAAGCUCUGACUCUGACGGUGAUGAAUAUGAUGACGCCCGGUCACUAACCGAUUCACAGCCACCAGGAGAUAAUCCUAACGAAACCACCUCUCAGGAUGAUGUCAAGGAUACGCAUGAACCAAAUCAGCCAGAAAAUAAAGAAAUGCCACAAGAAGCAGAGGCAGCAUCAAACAAUGGCACGAAUGACACAACAGGGUGCCCAAAUGACCCAAACGACUUCCCAGAGGAACCGAGUAACAGCGAUGAAAGACCAAAACCAAAUAACACCGACGACAAACCAAAGGAACUAAAUAACAGCGAUCAAAAUCCAGAGGAACCACAGAACAGCGAUGAAAAUACAGAAAACUAAAUUUGAUAUGCAUAUCAACCAAUAAAAAAC